CAAGUGUGACUUGCGUACUACCUUUCGUGUAGUCGUCACAUAUCUCGUCCUUGCUCGAGAAUGGUGUAUAUUUCAGAAAACCUUAUCAUCUUUGUGACAGUGCUGGUAUACAGCGGUCAGACUCCGACCUAUUGUUCUCCUCUGGAAAAGGGUCUGUUCUGUGACCCUAUGGAACAUAAGUAUUAUCGAGCACAGUUUGGCGUGUGUGGAGACUGUGAUAAGUGUUUCCCUGGUGACGAGAUAACCCCGCCUGACGGAGUAAAUCUUGGUUUCGGACUCCAUGGAGCCACCUUGUGUCUCGGAUGUCAGCCCUGUAAAAAGGGCACGUUUAACUCUGACGACGACCUCCAAUGGUACUGUAGUCCUUGUACAGUGUGUGCCAACGUGGGAAUGGUGGAGACUCACCCAUGUACCCCAACACAUGAUACUAUAUGUAGUAAUACUGCACCUUCACUCCACCCUAGAUUGAAUACUUCAAAUGACAGUAGUAUGGAAUUACCAUUUAAGGGCAAGGAUAUACAAUAUGAAGACCCUUUAUAUUCAAUGUUUCUGGCAAUUACUGCUUUGUCGUUAACCUUCCUAUUCAGUGUUGCUGUGGCUGCUUACUGUCUCUGUAAGAAAAAACACAGAAGGAGGUCAGUUAAAACUGAGGAACUAGUCAGACUAUAUAUUCAGCGUAAAGACGACGAACGUGCCCACGAAGAUUCUGGUUUACAUGUUAUAGAGGAAGAAAUCUCGGAAGAUGGCGAGGACAUUUUCUCUCCAAAUAUGAAAUACGAUGAUAAAAGACAAAGGAAACAGUUCAACUACAGGACAGGCGACCUUAAAGAACCAUUAUUGCGACGUCGACAGUCGCUUCAUAUUGACUUCCAAAGGAUGGGUAACAAAGUAGGACCUACUGACAUAUCAACUUCACGCAAAGAUGUGGAUUCUAAGACGACAGGGAAACCAUUUAUAGCACGAAGCUUACAAAGGCGACAGUCCUUACCAAUUACGGUAACGGAGUUGGAUGGUUGUAAAUCAUCAUUUUAUCAACGUGCUCCAUCUGAUGGUUUUGUCCGGUAUUUGUCUAAGUUAAUGGCCGGAGACAGGGCUUACCGAAAAUUCGCGAAAGAAGUUGGUGUUGAGGAAUUCAAUAUCAAAUUAAUUGAAACUGAAUUUGAGGGAAGGCACCUUGCUGACGUGUCGUACGAAGUGAUCAAACGGGUCCUUCAAAUCAAGCCAAACCUUCGUGUCAUUGACAUCUACAAUAUUCUGGACAGACUCGGAUUUCAAUCUGAACGUAAAUCACUGCAAGAAAAAAUUGAGAAUUUCAGAAUAUCCCUGACAUAACCAGAUGUGUUUAAGAUGACAUUAUCAUGUAUAUUUUGUCACAUAGUACACAAGUUCAUGUAACUAAAGUUAUUGUCACAAAAGAGCCGCUGAAAUAUUGUAUUAAUUAAUUAAGUGAUAAUUUAAUACAAUUCUAGUGUUUAAAUGUUUUUUCCGGUCGGUAGAUAUCAACACUGUAGGCUCAUAACAUCACCGUUGAGUCCUAGAAUGUAAGUAAUUCUUGGCCUUACUAUUUCUGAAUUUCAAAUUGUAUUGAAAUAUGUGAAUACCAUAUGGUUUCUUUUGCACAAUACUUCCUUAAUUCAGAAUCAAUCAUCUGAGAUGGCAUUGUCGGUAUAUACACACUUUUUAUGCUUACAAAGUUGCGUGAUUCAAAGCAUUGUGCAAGUGUACAUAGUUAGACACAUUCAUUUUGACGCUUACCGUUCUGCCCCGUAUAACGCAAAAAUAUUGAGGCAUCAAGAUGGCGUUAUGCAAUGUUUGGACUAACGUCUUAUUGACGAAAACUAACAAAGUAUUACCGCCAAUAAAAUUAAUGUGUUUAUAUCAAUAUA